UUGAUCACAUACGCACUUCAUGACCAUCGGCAGAUUUGUGAGGUCAUUCAGGAAGCAGAAGGGUGUCCGAAGAGACGUCACGCAGGGGCGCCACUGAGAUGGACGGAACUUGUCAGCCCUGAGUCCCGAUGCGAUCAAAUUUUUAUUCAAUUCAAUUACAACCAAACGAAAAACAAGGGCGGCAUGAGAUGGGGAGCAAUAGGUGAAGCAAGGGCUGUCAGCAGGAGGUUCCCAGAGCUGUGUUGCGUGUCCUUACCCCCCCUGCUGACACACAGUGCUCCCUCUGCAUUCCAGUGAGAGAGAGGUAAAGAGAGAACCCCCUUCAACAAAACCAUGAAGCCUGCCCAUGAACGCAACCAGGAGAGCCUCCCCCCAAAGAAGCGGGACUUACCACUGAAUAGCAGCGGAGGGGGGGACGAGUCGACGGCCACUCGCAGUUCGGGCUCAACAGGGAGCGAUGCCCCUGGCAGUGGCGUGGCUGGGGAAUGGAUGCGAGUCCAGACAGGACUGCAGUACAGCGUGGAGAGCUCUGAAAGCAUGGCCGUACCCAUAGACCAGUAUGGCAUGAUCUACAAAGUCGCCCUCCCCUCAGGCACCUACUCUCCAAACAGCCUGCACCAGGUCUUGAACAUGGGACACCUUUCUCCUGCCUACAGUAUGCCCUCUCCCCUCCUGCAGCACCCAGGAAUCCCCUACCCCCCAAUGGGCUAUGCCCAGAUUCCCCACUCCUCUCUGCAGUUUGUAGGCACCCCCUAUGCUGUCCCAUACGGUGUGCCUCCAGGCUUUGUUCCCAGCUCCUUAAUCUCACCCCAGGCUGCUAUCCCCCAACAUCAUCAUGUUUCUCAUCUGGUUCCCUACCCUUCAGUUAUCCAGGAGGGAGUCAUUACCCCUCCUCCACAGCCUCAGUCCUCAGCCCAUGCUUUCACCAAAGUGGCCACAGCAGGAGGCCUUUCCGUGGUCCUAGCCUCUGAUCAUGCCACACAGCAGCAGCACAUUGGAGCAGUUGCGGGGCACUCUACGACUGAAAUCAGCCCCAGAGGAGUGCCAGUCUACUACCACCACGCCAGCUCUAGGGCUCCCCCUACUGCCGUGGCAGCUGCUGUUUACAGGGACGUUUUGAGCCAUCAGGACCAGGGGCUGGUGGCUGCUUCCCAGCAUGAGAGGGGGAAGGUGGUGAAUGGAGGCGAGGAGGAGCAAGGGGGCAGAGAGCUGCUGCAGGAAUUGCUGUACUCCGGCAGGAACAUGCAAGUGCUCCACGUAGUGGCCAGCACAGCCGGGGGAGAGGGCUUUGUGGAUGGGCAGCACACCACUCAGCGGCAGCCCCACCACGAGGAGAGGCCUUCCCCCAGCCACAGGAGCACUCCCGACACAGACCUGGAGGUGCAGCAAGUGGUGGGGCGCCUGGCUUUUCCAAAUCAGAACGUCCUGGGAAAUCGUAAAGAAGCCUCUAUCGGCCCUCUGAAUCUGUCACAGGGCUCCCAUCGGAGCAGAGAGACCCUGCCCGCAGCCCAGGGUCGAGGUGCUGUCAGAGAGGAGACUGUGUUGCCAGGCAAGACUGCGUUCGGUGGGCAUGCUGCAGUUCAGGGCGACCCAAGAAUACAACAGCAGCAGCAACCACAACACCAGCCCUCGCCACAGCACCACGCUGUGAUCCUGGCGAAUGGGCAGCCUGUGUUGGUGCCGCUGGAGCAGAACCAGCAAUUCCAGCAGCAGCAGUAUCCUGGGCUAUUAAGCAACAUAACAACCACAACCACCACAGCAGCGGCAGUCCCAAAGGUCUCCGAACCUCCAGCCAGAACAGGCACCCCAGAGAGGGUGGUGGUAGGAGUGGAUGUUGCAGCCCAGCGGCAGGGGCAGCCAGUAUCGGUCCAGGCGCCCGUCACCCCUCAACCUUCCCACUUCAUGAAGGGAGCCAUCAUCCAAUUAGCCAACGGGGAGCUGAAGCGAGUGGAGGACCUGCAGACCCAAGACUUUGUGCGCAGCGCUGAGAUGAGCGGUGGUCUCAAGAUUGACUCCAGCAUGGUGGUGGACAUCCGCAAGAGCCAGCAGCGGCCUGGUUUGGUGGCCCUCCAGUUCACAGUCGGGGAGCAGCAAAACAAAGUGGCCAUUGAUGUCCCCCCCGAGCACCCCUUCUUUGUUUUUGGCCAGGGCUGGUCAUCCUGUAGUCCCGACCGGACAGUCCAACUGUAUGGACUUUCCUGCCACCGAUUACAAGCAGGGGAUGUCUGUAUCUCGCUCACCUUGCAGCAGCAAACACAAACAAGGACACCCACAAUUACUGCUAAUGUCAAUAGUGCUGGUGUCUCCCAGCCCAUGGGACCCCCAGCCUCCCAGCAAUUGAGGGCCCCCGGCCAGUUUGGAGCAGACAGGACUCACAGGGAGCAAGAGGAUGAAGAGGAACCAAUGCAGGUCGGGGGAGCGGGAUCAGGGGAGACAGCACUCCAGACGGUUAGGACUUUUGCAAACCAGCCCAGAGGCCAGACCAGCUAUUAUUUGCACACAGAGAGCCAUCCCCAGGCAGAAGGGGAGCAGUCGCACACAACAAGUGCAGCUCAGCGGCGUUGGUCGGCGCCCGGUUUCCAAAAAUACGGGACCAGGAGCGAAGAAUCAACCCAGCCUUCCUCCUCAUCCUCUGGCUCUUCCAGGCCUUCCUUCAUCCCUCAGGAGGUCAAGUUGUCCAUUGAGGGACGCUCCAACGCGGGGAAGUAGCAGCAAUAAGAGAUUGUUGUAAGAGAGUGAUUGUGAGAAAGAGUGGCCUCAGAAUGCUUGAGAAUUUGCACACAAGAAGACGAUAGCCUCCCCCCCUUCAUUUUUUCCUUCUAACUCCAUGGUUCCUUGUCUUAGUCCUCGGGUAAUUCAAAGUACUGUUUUUGAUUCAAGCAGGUCCUGUUAACUUUUAGUUUUAUAUGUAAUGUUUUUCCUUACAAAGGCCAGAAUGGAACAGACAUAUUCAGGAUAUGGGAAGCAUUUCGUAUUGAUUGUACUAAAAUACAUAAUUUCUGAAAUUUUAGCAGUGGCCUGCUUCAUGAUGCACAAACAAUAAUUCCCACAGACAAUUAAUGUAGCUCCUGGUUGAAACAAAAACUCUUGAAUUAUAAUAGUGUUUUCCCCAGCACUGAAUUUAGGAACCAAUUCGCAGUCUUAAGAUCCUUGGGGAUCCCAAACCUGUAUGGUGGAUGAGAUUAAAAAAGUAAGAGGUGAGCAAGAAUUUAGGAAAACGGGUGUGCUUUUAAAAGGGUAUGGGUUUGAUACAAUUUUAGAAAUUUUUGGUGUGACCAAUUCUUCCCACAUCAAUUAUAUCCCCUCAUAGAUUUAUUCAAACUUAGUUGCCUUUGUAGAUACCUACUGAAAGCAGUAUGACUCGGGAGCCAAUACACACCUCUACAGAGCUGGUCUUUUCCCAUACCUGCUCCUUUGCAUUGUAUACUAGGUGUAUCUGCUGUAGCAUUUUCAACUGGGUUCAUUCUCAGUUCAAUUCCAAACCCUCUUCAUAAAGUUUGGGAACUUGCUGAAUUCUCAGCAGUGUUUGUGAAUGGAUAUUGAGCUUACCUGCCAAUAUUGUUUAGUUUGUGCAUUGCUGUUUGGUACCGUGGGCGCUGACUUAUUCCAUUCGGGUAAGACUGAGACGCUGCAUUUACAAAACUCCAGAUCCCAGCCAGGAAAUGGGCGUUGUCGUGUCACAAUUCAUAAAUGUAGCACUUCCUCCAUGGCAUGACAACCCAUUUUAAGAAUGCUUGACUGUUGACUGUUCCAUCAUUAAAAAGCUAAAUAAAUGAAGCGAUAUAAGAGUGUGUAAGCAAAGUCUGUGCAUCUUCUGGUCUGCUUGUGCUUUAUGAAUACAGCCCUACGUGUCAAGCAUGCCUUUUACUCCCUCUGGGUCGUUUCCCUCUUGGUGUCUGACUGUUAUGGUGUGGGUUUGUCUGGUUUAAACAUUGAGAGCAAAGCAGCAAUGUCUUUCAGCACUGGUUCAGUAGCAAUCAUUAGAAGAAAUAAUCUGCCUUGUUUACUAAGCUUUUGAAACUUUAAAAAAAAAUUAUUACUAUUAUUUGAGGACAAAUAUGGUGCAUUGGUGCAUAAUCUUAGUAAAUCCAGCCAAAUAAUUUAAAUGUAAUAAAACUUUUUUUUUUUUUAAAUAGGCACAUAUAAAGUAUAUUAUUAUUAUGUAUUUCAUGUUUGUUGUUUUUACUCCUCCACUGCUAUAUGUUACCACUUCACUAGUAGGAAAAGGCUGAUUUGCCAAAGUGAGGAAUAAACCUUGGUGGUGGUUUGUUCAGUAGCCAAUACGCAGUGUUGUUUUGCAGUAGUCACUGUUAGCAUUUCAGUAAAACCAGGUGUUGCAUGUUAGAAGAUAGGGGCCCUUGCAAUAGCAUGUAGAUUUUUCAAAACAAAUGAAUAAUGAGAUGAAUCCCCUUGAACUAAUAAUGACUUUUAUUCAUGUAAACAAAUGAUUUCAUAACAAACCUUUUAUUUCGGGUUCUGAAUUUGUAUUAUGUGUUGUUUUAGGUGUGGUCCAUGGUCUGCAGUUUCUUUAAAAGUAGUACCUUUUCCUCAAUAGACCAGUUAUCUAUAUUCCAUCCUCCUUCAGAUCAGUUAGCCACACAUAUGCUUGUGGGAUAUAUCAAUAAUAGCAGUGAAAUACAAAUCUUUAAUAAAAAUAUAGCAUUUUUUGUACUAAAGAUAUAUAAAGAAAAAAGUCUUCUUGAACUUAACUGACUUGUGUACUUGAUGCUGUUUACAAAUUUACAAAUAAUGUAUUUUUUAUGUCAUUUUAUAUUAAAGCAGUAAUAAAAAAAAAAAAAAAGUAAGUAAAAAGUGCAAUUAGACUGGGGUACUUCCCAGUCCUGUCAUUUCAACAGAAAUUGCCCGAUAUCAGUGGUAAUUUAAUUAAGAGGUCAUUCAGUGUAUAUAUUGUUUUAAUUUCCUUUGUUCCUGAUAGAAGUCUGUUUUUAAAUUUUUGUUUUAGCCUAUAUCUAAACCUGUUUUCAUAAAACAUUAGCACAUUAGCAUUCUGAACUUCAGUGGUAGGACAAUUUUCUUUCCAGCAGGCAGCAAAAAAAUAUAUUAGAGUGUUUGUUUGUAGGCUGUUUGGUCAGUUGGCAGUUGUGUCAUUUUUUUUAAAUCGUAUCUUUAAAUGAAUUAUCUACAUGGGCCCUGAAACGCUCAUAAACAAUUUUUUAUAUCCAGAUUCUUGUUUUGUAUUUACUGUAUGUGACAGUCUUUGGUGUUCCAGAUCUGUAUAGGUUGCAGUUAAUGUAAAAUGUGGCGCCUAGAAUGUACCAGCUCCAAAGCUACAUGUCAUAUAUUUCCAGUUAUAAAGUAUCAAUAGCGCUGCAUUUAUAAAGCUGUCUGAAAUUGUGAUGCUGUCUGAGUUCCGGCCUAUGCUCUCAAGACCAGCCAACGAUGGGCACUUAAUAAAAACAAAUUUAAAAAAAUGAUUAAAACUGCUGAGCCAGUUGAUAUUUUGAAUUACAUUUUAAGAGCCUAUGGUAACAUUACCAUUUUAUCUAUAUUUAAUUUGAAAUACAAAUGAAUUACUAACAGACUAUAAGAACAAGAAAGAAAAGGUAGAAGAUCUUCCUGUGGAGGUACCAAAAUGUAUUUUAAAUACCUGUUAUUGUCGUCUUAUGCAUUUCAGAAAGUUGGACGUUGAGAAGUAAUUCUUUAUUUAAGAUUUUGUAAAUGACACUAUACAAGUGUAAUAUGGUGGAGAACAUUUGGUUAGGUUUCUUACUACUUUCAGAAGCACACUUAGUGUUUUGUAUCUGUCCAUGUAUACUUACAGAUACCAUAUAUUGUGCUUAAUUUGGAGGUACAGUUUUGCAAUCGGUGUGCAGUCGGUUAUUCAGUACCCAUGUGACCAUAGCAUUCCCAUCCAAUUUGUUAUAUAAAUGUACAAAUAUAUUAAACAAGUACCAUGAUUAUUACAUUCCCCAAGAAGUGUUUUAUAAGAUGGUUACUGUGUGCUUGGUUAUUCCAUCACUACCACAUUGUCUUUGUUAUUGCUUGCAUCAUAAAAAAAAAAAUUCUUAUUUCUUUUCUUAUGUAAUGCCACAAUUGUUACAUUUAGGUGCUGUGCUACUGCUUCAGCAAGUUUUAGCGGUCAUGUAUUUUACAUGGAAUUAGGAAACUUACGGGUUACUUAACAUGAGUGUGAUUAUUUGUUUAAAAGAAACAAAUUACUCCCAAUAGUGACAAAUUCAGUGCUUAAGUUUCAUUCAUGCUUCAUCAUCUCCACUGCUGGAAAUCAUUAUUACUGAGCACACUCCUGCAGCUCUCCCUUCUCUAAGCAGGAUCAAUGAGAAUUGUAAAUGAAUUGGGGCUGAAUUAGGUUCAACAUCCCAAUCACAUCCCCCAGAUAAAAAGAAAAAAAUAACAUUUUAAGCCGUGUAUUAAAAUAUUUGCGCCACAUUUAUCAAGGUCUUUACACCAAGUGUGAUUUGUGCCACUUUUUGUGUGAAGUGAAAUAAAACCGCUAAACAUGACUAGUAGUAAAAGCACACCUUUGAGUCCUUAAAUUAUCUCUACGAGUUGUUUACAGCUAGUUGUUGCUAGAUUCACAGUUUAUUGUACUUAAACAAAAUUAUGAAGCCAAUUGAUUUUUGUUGUAAAGACCUUGAUGAAUCCUGCCCUAUAUCUUUUUUCUGAUCUAAAUAAAGUCCGUGAAGCCGCACUGUGUUCCCGUUCAGCAUGCAGUUUGAAUGCAUUGUUAACCUGCAUUCCUCUUACAUCAGAAUGAACCUGCUUCUUCUAUAGGGGUAAGGUGAGAGUUUCUUUAGGUCAGUGUGCUCCUAGUCUCGUUUUGCAGAGUGGGAACUUGUUAUCCUUACAGUUGUGUUUUAUGCUUUGUUUUUAUUGCAUAUCUGUACCACAGUGUUGCUGACAGCUCAAAGGAAUCCAGAGGCUAGUGUGUUCACUGUUUACUUUGAUAUAUUUUUCCUCUCACAUGGGAUCAUUGGAAUACUGUGGUAAGCCACGUCCAACUCCUUUGUGGAACAAGUUGUGGCCCAGUGGAUGACUAAGCCAUUUGGUUGUUACAUUAUAAGCUGUUUCCGAGGUCCAAAUGCAGCACAAUGCAAUCUGCACGGGAGGGGAUAGUAACUGCACUUUUAAUAAAUAUCCAACGUCACUUUACUUCUUUGUGUUUUGCCAGUUUUUUUAUUUUAUUUUAUAAAAGCGUGAGAGGGAAAUUGGUUGCACUUAAAAAUGACAAAAUUGUUGUGUUAAAAACAAACUUGGUUAAAUGAGUUUUAUACUGCAUGUUAUAUAUUAUGUCAAGCCUAUCUAAUAAUAAUAAUGCCUUAAGAACAGAUUAAGUAAGUUGAUAUACUGAGAGGCAUAUGUCUUUUCAAAUUACAUUGAGAAAUGCACGGAACAUUUAUGCUUAAAGCAAUUAUUCAUUAACAUACAACUGUAUUGUUUUUGUACUACAGUGGCAGCAUUUUGUAAACUAGACAGGCUGAUCCUAUAUAUGGGGAAUAGAUGCCCACUUGGGUCCCAGAGGAACUGUACUGCUUUGUUUCCAUUAAGUAGAGUGCUUUACCAGUACUGGUGUGUUUCCAUUUAAAUUAGUCACUCAGCAAAGAGCCCAGUAAGAUUCAGAUGGAGCUCUGAAAGCAAAAACUGUAUACUUCAGGAGGAAAAAACAAGGAGCAACACAGUUUGGAGGAAAAUAAAAAUAACAAAUUUUGUGAAAAGCAAAAGUACCAACACGAUCAUCUCUGCACAUUUGCUUGGUUAAUUGCAUGAACAUAGAUUUGUCUCAGUAGUUUCCCUCCAGCUAGAUAAUGUAUUUGGAUCCAGUCUGUUUUGUGUUCUAAGAGUAUCUGCAGCUAAGCUGUAGAGGUGUUGCGUGGGUGUAGUUUUAUCUGGUUCUACUGCAGUAUUGGAUACCUGUUUUCUAGCCAUUAGGUUGUGAGACAGAUAUGAGAAAGUUUAAAAGGUUUCUAAUCCUGGAAGACUUUGUAAGUGUAUCAAAUAAAUCCUUCCAGGAUUAGAAACUCCUUUUUAUGUAAAAAAUAAAUAAAUAAAUAAAUAAAGCGUGUUAACGUUCUACAUGUCUACAAUAUUAUGCAAUCACUGCCAGCUCUUGCUUGGAGAAACCAGAUAAAAAAUGCCAAGAUUUUUUAAAAUACUAUUCUGUGGGCGUUAAAAAGAAACUAGUAGUUUAAUAUUCAUGGCUAUGUUGAGACGGUGGAAAUAAAACCUCCAUGCUGAAGUACAAUAUGUCAGCACUGGUAUCAGUAAAUCACACUUUUAAAGAGGAAGCCAAGCAUUAUAGUUCACUCUAAUGGGAACAAGGCAACGGUGACACAAAUAAAGUGGGGUGACAGGGCAGCUAAGGGUGGGCAAUCACUGCAGUUAAUAUUGUAUGAGUGAGUGAGUGUGGAUGGAGAAUGAGGCAGUUUUAAACUAAUCCAUAUAUAUAUAUGUAGUUUUAAAUAAGAUGUAUUUGUACUCUUGGCAGUAUCUGACACAGCUUUAAGGUGUUACUGUGACAAAAUAAACCACCCUUUCUUUAAAAAAAUAAAUAAAUAAAUACUGCAAAUGUUAUGCAAUGAUGUCUAUGUAAUAUUGAAUCCUCAAGUAUAAUCCAGGUUGUAUAAACUUGUACAGUGAGUUUUAAUAUGGCCGUGUACUGAUAAUGUAUUCAUUGUUGAAGCCUUAGAUUUGUCUACCCAAGUGCUCCCUUUUCAGAACUCACAAUAACCCUACACCUACCUGAAUUUUCGAAAGCAUUAACUAUAUUUUGUUCUGUUUAAUUGUUAUUUGUACCUGUUUUGAAUAAAAUAAUUAGAUUUGUA